UGUGUCUUGUAUUUCUUCUUAUACAUUCCCUUUCCAACUUACCCAUCCGACCCAGAUAUGCGAGCGUUGUAUUUCGAUGUGCUAGAGCAGCCUGGUCCUCAUGCCAUUGGUCGCGCGCGACUCGACCGGAUCGAACGGCUCCUUCCUGAACAUCCCAUUGACAGCAUUUUGACCGUGCUGGAUGACGUCGGGGAGAAGAUUGGGGAACUAACGGUUUCACUGUCGAUCGAAGAGCUUCUAAAUGGCUCGGUAAAAGACGGCAACCACUGUGACCACUCUGUUCCAGUAGCUGUCAUAGGAACUGGAAGCCAGCAAGUGGGACCUAUUGAUCAAAACCCGGACUACGUUGCGCAAUUGCCGACGGUUCAUUCACGUCAGCUUGACAAUAUUGCUGUAUCACGAACACGACCAAACCCAUCUGAAAGCCAGUUGUCAGACCCAGAAGGAACGAAUCUCAGAGAGAACUGCCACUAUUGUUCGAAAUCACGCUUGGAUGAAGAUAUAGAUCCGUUUUAUGUGAAGGGUGCACCAUGUGCGCCAAACGCAUUUGGGGAACAUGCGCUUGACCUGCGCUCCAGUGUCUCGUCAGAGGUUAGCAAUGACGAUAAGCUUGAGAAACGCUGUCCAGCCGUGCCGGAAUCGGCGAAUGAUCAUUGCUCUGCAUUCGAAAACGCCCGUCAUGUGAACGUCGCACAGGGAAAAGAUGCAGGGGAUUAUCCAGCCUCUGAGGAACAGACCCGAUGUCCAAAUGAAGCACCAGUCCAUUCCUCUGGUGUUCGCUCUUCCAAGGAAGAUGGUACCAGCCGAGUGAACGCAUCUUCCAACCUACCUGUUCUGCUCAGAUCCCCUUCCUCCUCGGAAUUGCACUGCUCAACAACGAAAGGUUGUGAUAUUGCAUUCGCAGAAAACUAUUUAGGUGACUCUGAUCGAGGCGUCGCUCAUUCACCUACAGAAGCGUUCUUUCCCACGCUACCAAAUCAUCAUUCGGAUGCGUCUAAACGCCUCACUGACCUCGAGCUUAAUCUUAUCGAAGAACAGCCUCUUUCUUCGCCCACAUGGAACAAAUAUGGUAAUAGCCCUUUCGGCGAACUUUUGGCCGAUGGACAGUUAGUGGAAGAGCUUUUCUCUGAUCCGACUUCCACCAAAUUGCUUCCGUUCAAGGUUAUCCCACAUGGUCGAACACCGGGGACAACAGAUAAUUCGCUGCACUUUCCACAGCAUUCAACAUUGGGAGUAUCUCAAAAACGCAAAAUGCAUGAGCUCCAAGCCAUACGGAUACACAUUCAGUGCGUGCACUUGACGCGCGAAUUUUCGAGAGUCCUGUCCACGAGUGUCCCCAGUGAGGAUCGCCUACUUCGCCCAAAAAUUGUCAACAUGAAGGCUGAUGGCAUUCCCACCGCUUUACGAGAACCAGGCAGGAGCUCAGAACACCCACAUCCACCAAAGUCUUUGCCAGCUUCAUCUGUGACCACCAGUAGGAUUCUCAGAUCUCGGUCAGCUUCUCCAAAAGGAAAUAGGGAACUUCGCCAUUUAACUUUAGAGAUCUCCGUCCCGAUGCACUCCUUGAAAGAUUCACAUCUGGUGUACAUGACCAAUACUUGUCGGUUGUCAAUGGAAAACUCCACUCGCCACCCACAUGCAACCGGGUUUGCACAAAGCCCCGAUGCGUCCACGGUGCGCCUCGUACCUGAGUCACUGGAUCAGUCUACCAGCCUGGUCAACCUCACCGGUCUUCCCUCUCCUACUGAAGAGCAUAUACGGUUUCGUUUGUUUUCUGAUGCAAAUUCUUCAUUCACACAACCGGUAUCCGAGUUCAUGUGCUCAGGUGAUCUGCCGAUAGAGGAUCUCAAAGCUGCUAUCACCGAAAAAGUGCUUGCACCCAACGACCCCACGGCUCGACUCAGUCUACCCGUUUACUCCCAUUUGCUCAUGCGCUCUUCGAUGAGGUCCUCACGAGAGAAAUUGUACCAAACCAACCCUCAUGGUCGCAUUGAGCUGAUCUUGGAGCCACACUGGUCUGUUACUCCCAGACACGAAUCAGACGCUACGCCACUCCAAAUGCAUCAAAGCGUUCGCUUCAAGGAGCCGAUCAAGCCCGACAACUUUCCAUCCACGCUAAAACAAACACAAUCCAUUCCCCUUGACACUUUGUUAUCCGUCUCUCAUGGCCGUGGGUUACGAUUAUCUGAAAGGGAUCAAUCCGGCGGUGUAUCAAUUCAACCUGCCGAACACACGUACUUGACCGUUCGAUUGCCAUGGUGCCAGGCGGAAUCCGACGAGAGAACCGCUUCCAGCGCCAAACGUACAACUUGCCGGUUCAAGUCAGUCGUCUGUUGGACAGGAGGACAACGUCCAACCUAUAAAUUCGCUUUAAAAACUUCAUGUAAUUUGGACGAAAAGCUCCUUUUGCGACUGUCCCGCUCGGUUGCCGUGAUAGAAGUUUGGGCCACAUUCAUAUCUGGUUCACCGGAUCGUCUCAUUGGUUUGUCGAAACUGCCACUGGACGCCUUGGCGAACACAUUUGCCCGUUUGGAUCCGCAAGCGCAAUCGGUGACCCUGUAUUCAGAGGCUGUAUUAAAGGCUAUCCUGAGCUAUGCACACCCUGCAAUUGCGAUCAACCAAUGGAUCCCAGUGAUCGAUCCCUUCACUGGUUCGGAGUGUGGACAAAUUCGAGUCCGUCUAGCCGCCGGCACUCCUGAUCAGAUCAAUACACUACAGAUGACGGACUCGCAAGGGCGCCCAGUUAUUGAUCCGGAUGGGCGCGGGUGGGAGGCUUUAGAUAUCAUACGGUGGCCUAAAUUCUGUCCUUCUCCGGAAGAAGAAAGUGCGGGCGACUUCGCGGAGCACUGUCUGACAGUCACCAUCGAAUCCCUGCAAGAAUUCGAUCCCCAUUCGGCGUUGCGGUCAGACGCAGAGUUGGGCGGUUCGGUGCCAUGGGGAGACUGCGAUUGCUUUGUGCAAUACUACUUCCCAUCGGGUACCAGGCCGGAUGCGUUGGCAAGGCAUCGCACACCUGUACAGUUACUUGUGGCCCCGACGCUGGAGACGAUCACUGGAGAGCUCAAACCUACCACCCACUUGGUAUCGUGCAAGUUCCGCACGGCUUCAAAACCGUCGAACGAAGACUUGGGGAACAUCGCUCCACUUGAGCCGUAUUGGAGCCAGCAGCAUCGUGUGUGCCUUUGUGUGCGACGACGCAGGAUCGAACGCGGAACAGAGGGAUUAGGUGAUUGCAGGCGCUCGUUACAACAUGGUCUGGACUCAGGUGAAUCACUGAAGAAUAUACACCCGGGUGCUGGGUACAAAUUAUUCGCUAGUAGCCGCAUUCCGCUUGGUGGACUGCUGUUUUCCAAUCGUGGCUGUAUCCCAAAACGCAUGUAUCCAUUGUGUCGUUUUCUGAAGCAGUCCACCUCAGGUGUGCCAUGCGGUCGUUUCGGUGGUGGUGUAGAGCUUAGCGCGCAGUUUGUCGAUGGAUUACGAGGGCGGUAUCGUCUUUUGGAGUACGCAGUACGGCAUCAUACAGAGGAGACGGAGCUAAUGCAUUGUAUUCGGCGGUGGGCGAUUCCACUACCGUUGCUUUCCUCAUCAAACGGUGACGAUGAGUCCACCAUAGAAUUGGACGAGGAGCCAUGCCUUUGGCACAAUGGAAUCGACGAGUAUGGCCACGGCUACAAGCAUAUAACGAUACAUUUGGACGCUGCUAAAUUGCCUUCCGCGGAGACUUUGUUGGCUGAGCGAUCGUCCAUCGUUGAAUCACCUGCACCCGACCUCAACCUGUUCGCUGGAUACGCGUUCGUCCGUUUUCAAUUCUAUCGACACGGGACACAAACCACUCGAAUGGUCCCUCUACCGUGUGGGUUGGGUCGAUGUGUAUCAGGCAUUGUGGAGUUUUCUGAUCAGAAGCAAUAUACGCUGCACGUGAGCUCCGAUUGUCGUAGCUACUUAACUGAGGCUGAGUUAGAAUUUCAAGUCUGGGCGCUCUGGACUCAUCGUAUGGGCCAGCCAACGAGCUCGCACAAUGAAGAAUCGGAUAUUGCGGUCGGCGUUGAGGGAUUGAUGCAGGAAAGACCACAUCUGGAUAUAGACCCGCCCAGUCCAUGUUUCAUUGGCUCUACUCGAAUCACUCUUUCACGUCUACUGUUUCAUUCGAGCCGACAUAUUGCACCCAACACAAACGAAUCAGUCGUCGAAGUGGACGGUGCGAUUGCCUCCGGUUAUGUCUCAGUUUCUGGCGAUCCCUCUGGUUUGAAGUGGUGGCCAAUGGGUAGUCAUUUACACCCACCGCGGUGUGCACAGCCACUUCCGGUCUUCCCGAUCUAUCGGACCAACUCAUCCUUUUUACACGACAGCUGGAUUGCCAUUCGUAUAAGCAUGCAUGGCUCACGAAGUCAGCUGAAUAUUCGAUCCAUUAGUGAAUCUCGGGCACCCAUCGAUCCCAAUGCGGAUGGUCAACUUGGUUGGAAUCUCGGAGCAUGCCCUGCAGUUCCUCGACUCGCUUAUCCGCAGACACGCAUGUCAGUUGGGGGACAAGAGAUCGGAGACGAAUCAAUCGAGACCACUUUCCCGGCCGAAAUAAUUGUGGAACUUGCUUACCAUCUGAAACCGAGUUGCAGCACAAGUCUAAGUGGAGCGACAAAGGAGAAUACGAAUUGUUUAUCUCCAUCGGACUUCGUUUUUGUUACCUUUCCGGUAGACGGUGACAAGACCGGAACUCUAAGCUCAUAUGAUGGUCUGUGGACACGUGUGGCUAACGCCCGCAAAAAGCCAAUUAGCGGGCGCAUCGCUGUCACAACGAAAGUGCCGAUGGGAACUUCAGUUUGUUGGAAUUAUCGGAGAUUUGCACGGCUUCCCACUUGGCUUGUAGAGCCACGUACACGACGGGCUCUUCCUUUCCACGUAUGGCUCGAACGACAUGCGGACACCGAUCUGGUCAGUAACUGUGAUCCGUCUUCGAUGGGAUGUAAACCGGAACUCAUCGGUAUUGCCUCCGUGGAUUUAACAUCGCUCUCAGGCUUAUUUAGUUCCGUUGGCCCAGGUGGUUACGCCCCAAAUGGGACUGUCUCGGGCGGAUUGGAUCAGGUCUACGGAUGGUACAAUGUAGUAAACAGCUGCGGUACGCAUUGUGGACAGAUCUUGUUGGGUGUGAGGCCGCUUAUUCCGGGCCUGAAGUCCGCCACAUCCCUGUCCCGUUUUGGAAGCACCGAAUUGCUGGAUUUGGACCGCCAACCGUUUCAGUCCGAUGUACCGAUCGAUGGCAGAUUCACGUGUUCAUCCCCGUUAUCGCGUAUGCGGCGUAUACUAUCUUCUGGUCCAUCCACAAAUAUGCCUGGUGAAAGUACUCACUCUGUGCCAGAUCUGAAUGCUGCCGGGUUGAUCACACAGGACGCGACCACGUCCGGCUUCGGCACAGACUUAGAAAUUUCGUCACUGUUUCACAAUUUACGAACUCAGUUGAACGAGUUAGACAAUAUCAACAGUAAAUUCAGGCAGAGACUCACACAAGGCACAAAUCUGUACUGUCCAGUCACUGCGGCUGGACAAGACUCCACUUUUGCAAAAGCCCAAGUUCCGUUGGGGUCCAGUUCACCGCCUGGUCAGCAGGCAUCAGCAGGUGACAAUUCGAAGAUAUUGCUAGUCGACUGCCAGACAUCCGAUGAAUUGGGACAACCAGCCAGGUUGAUCAGUAAACCGGGAAAAGGAUGUAAAGCUUCCGGCCCUUUGCCUUCUGGACAUGAAACCUCCGUAGGCUGUGUUGCUUCGGAUAACAUCGCCGCCAAUGAAGUCAUGGUCCCGUUGCAAAAAUCAAAUUCAGCUUGUCCACUCCAACUGGAGUUGGCUGAAGAAGGCACACUUGACCAAGUCAUUUCGCCAGAGGUCGGUGAAAGAUGUCCGACUAUUACAUCUGUGGACUGCUCCGAUCACUUGCCGUGUUUGGAUUUGUCCGUGUGCUCGGAUGCUGGGACUCACUCGAUCAACCUAGAUGAAUCGCAACACAGCCUUCCAUUUGAAGAAAAUGAUCGAUUAUCUCAGCAAACAAGUAGGUUACUUGCAUCUCCUUGCUCUCCAAGGCCCGAACGUGGCGACAGUGAACUGCAGUUUGAAUUCAGCCCCGUAGAGGAAAGGGAUCAACAUAGCAGUAGCGAAAUAUGCGAUGUAUCUCCGCUAUUGGUCAGAUCUGAAAUGGAACCUGAAGAUGCAGUCACGAUGCGCUGUGAACUAUCUGCGGAGUUGUCCAGUCGAUCGAGUAAAGAGACCCUUCGAGAAAAUGCGGUUGGGGAAGUUCUGGAUGGCGAACAAGAUGCUGCGCAGAACGAAGAUAUCACGUGGUCCUUCCCUGGAAAUCCCACCCGGGUUUUGGAAAAACCAGCUGGAGGCGUCGAGUUGGAUGAGCCGUUGGACCGCUCUUCACCAACCUCUAGAUCGGCCUCCCAUUCCCAAUUAUUGAUGCCGAAAUCACCCCCUAUAAAUGAAAAGGCCACCGAACCAGCAGCGCAGGUUGACAACUCGUCAUUCGCAUUGGUACCAGACUUUUUUCCUCCACCUUCUGCAUUUUCUAAGACAGUGUUUGGUAGCGAGACGAAAUCAGAUGCCUCCGACUCACUAACUGCUCGUCUGAUGCAACUGCGUUCCGGCUUGCGUGAAACCAUGGAGUCGAUGGCGCCCCAGACCUCAUCCACACUAUCGUCACACAAAGACCAGUUCGAGGUGCUGCGCCACAGAGUGGAUGCUCGAAUCGCAGGAGUAUUGGAUAGAAUGGACAAAGGAGCAAAUUUAAGCUCGGGCGCGAAGCCAAAUGAUCCGCUACUUUCUGUGCUCAACGGGCUUCGUCCGAGGAGUCUGCAGGUCGCUGAGCGAGCGUUCUCUUGGGAAGAACCCAAGUGACAUUUCUGUAUCUCCUACUUUUUACUUGUUUGAUCAUCUAAAUCUGUAUACUACC